GAUAGAAGAAAGCAGACUGAGCGAGCCAGGAAGCAGCCUUCCUCUGUGGCUCUGCUUCAGUACCUCCGUCCAGGUUCCUUCCUUGAGUUCCUGCCCUGACUUUUCCUCAGCGAUGGAGUGUGAUCUCAGAAUUAUAAGUGUUGGACACUCUUCCACCAUGCUGACAACAUUUUAAAUGUCUGUCAGUUUUCUAAAAUUGUAACUGAAGGAAACUUCUAAGACUUUGUACCAGAGGACUAAAGUGCAGCCGCCUGUUACCAGACUUUCAGGAUGAAUCUGGAAAAACUCAGCAAGCCUGAACUCCUGACGCUGUUCAGUAUUCUUGAAGGAGAACUUGAAGCAAGGGACCUUGUUAUAGAAGCUUUAAAGGCCCAACACAGAGAUACUUUCAUUGAAGAACGCUAUGGAAAAUAUAACAUCAGUGACCCUCUAAUGGCUCUUCAGAGAGAUUUUGAAACACUAAAGGAAAAAAAUGAUAGUGAGAAGCAGCCAGUGUGCACAAACCCCCUCUCCAUCCUCAAGGUGGUGAUGAAGCAAUGCAAGAGCAUGCAGGAGCGAAUGCUGUCCCAGCUGGCGGCUGCCGAGAGCAGGCACCGGAAGGUGAUCCUUGACCUUGAAGAAGAAAGACAGAGGCAUGCGCAGGACACCGCUGAAGGAGAUGAUGUCACCUACAUGCUGGAGAAGGAGAGGGAGAGACUGACACAGCAGUUGGAAUUUGAAAAGUCCCAAGUGAAAAAGUUUGAAAAAGAACAAAAGAAGCUGUCUAGUCAGUUGGAAGAGGAGCGCUCCCGCCACAAGCAGCUCUCGUCCAUGCUCGUGCUCGAGUGCAAGAAGGCCACCAGCAAGGCAGCGGAGGAAGGCCAGAAGGCCGGAGAGCUGAGCCUGAAGCUGGAGAAGGAGAAGAGCCGCACGAGUAAGCUGGAGGAGGAGUUGGCCGCUGAGAGGAAGCGAGGCCUGCAGACGGAGGCUCAGGUGGAGAAGCAGUUGUCUGAGUUUGAUAUCGAGAGGGAACAGCUGAGAGCCAAGCUGAACCGAGAAGAGAACCGGACCAGAGCCCUGAAGGAGGAGAUGGAAAACUUGAAGAAGUUUGUGAGAGACCUAGAGGCUGCCCAGCGCCACAGUGGCACCAGUGAGCAGUGCAGAGAGCCAGUGACCACGUCCAAAGGCACAGCCACAGAGCCCCCUGUGCUAGUGUCUGUGUUCUGCCAAACAGAGAAUGUUCAAAUGGAGAGAAGCCACGGGGGCAUCGCAGCCAAGCUGACAGACACUGGUCUCCCAUGCCCCACCACUCCUGCUUACUCAUAUGCAAAAGCCAAUGGCCACUGUGACCCAGAAAUCCAAACAACCAGGGAGUUGACCUCAGGCAGCACAGAAAACCAAGGGCCUCCACGAGAGAAGCCUGUGGCAUCGGCCCAGGAGAAACCAGUGGAGAAUGGUGGGUGUCCUGUAGGAACUGAGGCUGCAGUCACAAUGCCAAGUCACCUCCCUUCCAGUGGCAGCUCACUGUCUCCCAGCAGCACUGCCUCCUCCUCUCUGACGUCAUCUCCCUGCUCUUCGCCAGUUUUAACCAAGCGUCUCUUGGGGUCAUCAGUCAGCAGCCCCGGCUACCAGUCCUCCUACCAAGUAGGGAUCAACCAGCGCUUCCACGCGGCUAGGCACAAAUUUCAGUCCCAAGCAGAUCAAGACCAGCAAGCCAGUGGUCUCCAGAGCCCUCCGUCCAGGGACCUGUCCCCUACCCUUUUAGAUAACUCUGCUGCCAAGCAGCUGGCCCGAAACACGGUCACACAGGUGCUCUCCAGAUUCACUAACCAAGGGCCAAUCAAGCCUGUCUCUCCCAACAGCUCUCCCUUCGGUACAGACUACCGAAAUCUGGCCAACACUGCCAACCCAAGAGGUGACACCAGCCAUUCACCUACUCCAGGGAAAGUGUCCAGCCCUCUGAGCCCCCUAUCUCCAGGAAUCAAGUCCCCAACCAUACCCAGAGCUGAGAGAGGAAACCCUCCACCAAUCCCACCCAAAAAACCUGGCCUCACCCCGUCCCAAUCUGCUACCACUCCAGUGACCAAAACUCCUUCCCAGGCAUCGUCCUUGACCAGCACAGAAGACCUUGCCAGCAACUGCUCUCCCAGUGCUGUGGUGGCCAACGGCAAGGACGUUGAGAUACUUUUGCCUAGCAGCAGCUAGUCCCUAGGAAUGAGUCUCCAAACUUGACAUUCCAUCAAAUGUCAUCCAAGAGCUCAGAGUUAAACCUUGGAGUCAGACCAUAUUAUUUAUUUUGAUAGUAGCUACAGCCAUCUGUAUAAUACAUUCAGUGUAUUUCCUUUUUGUAUUUUUUUUUUAGUAGAAACUGAGUACUUUGGGUUUUUAUGGCUCACCUCUUUGUACUAAGCUAGGGGACCCCAUAGACAUCUCAAGCUCAGCAGUCACCAGCAUGUUGUGAUGGAGAAAGCUAAUUGACAGUGAUCUGUUGUCAAUUUGGGAGCUAGAAUUACUCAGCACUCAUUUCAAAUUAUGCAGAAGUGGUUCUUGCAGAUUUUUGUCCCAGAUGAACAUGCUUUAAAAGUGCCUGAAAUAAGACUGCCAUGUGAAUGUGAUUCUGCGGCAGAGCCAAAAGACAGAGCAUUUAUUGCAGAAAAUGAGAUCCUCUGAAUCUGAAUGUCGAAAGCCAACACUGCUUUUAAUCCUCUCCAACUGUUCAAUACCAGCUUUGUGUUCCGAACCAAGGUUUGCAUAAGUGGAGUGGAAAUCCUUCUAAGGGGGCGUGAUCUCUGCCAGACUGAGCCUUGCGCUUCAUUAAGCCCUUGAGAAACCCUCCUGAGCACUAAGCAGUUAGGGUGCUGAUUUUCUUGUACUUUUGAAAAAUUAAGUCAUUCUCAGUUUCCUGCAUCAGUUUUUGAACAGAGUGAAAUCACAUCUCCAUUCCAAACCUCCUUCAAGCAUCGACUGUUGGGAACUUCUGAUUCUGGUUGCUUUUACUUGAAUAGGAAAUGACAUAAUGAGCUCUUUAUUCUGUAAUCAAAAAGCAAUAACUUAAAAGUCACUCUUUGUAAUAUUGUAAGUCAGAAUUAUACAGGUUUUACCAAAUUGUAACAUUUAUUCUCCAUGCUGCCAGCACUUGUAACUGUGGAACCAAAUUAACUUCUGCCCAAAUGGAAGUAUACAUAUAUCUGUAUAGUUACAUGCCCCUUACAUGUUCAACACUCACACACUUAAGCACAUAAAUAUUAGUGUGAUUGUAUCUUUGGAGUUUGCAGUAUAGCAUAAAGGACAAGUAGAAUCGCACGUUAAGAUUACCUACCAAAGCAACUACACAUGGCUUGGAGCCAGUCAGUCAACUGAGGAAUCAAUUUCACAAGGAUUCCUUCAUUUGGGGCAGUCCCAAAGGAAGCCCAAAUCAUUAGAUCAUAGAAAGGCACAACUAAACUAACUAGCCCUCAUCUGGUCAUACAAAUGAAUGAAACCACAUACUCCUUCAAGUGCUGUCCACUGGUUUGGAGUAGAGGGAGAUGUAGAAAAUGACACUGUCACAGCCCCUUUGAGCCCCAGCUGCUGGCAUGCAAAAUUUCCAGACCAAGGUUACCAGUCUCCAAACUUUCGUGGAAUUCAAAUUUCCACAAGAAAGUUCUCAUUCAAAAUAUUUCCAUUUUUUAAAUGCCAGGAACUGAUUCGAAAUGUUUUUAAGCACUGCUGAUUAGACAAACAUGACUGUGACUGACUUUAGCUUGUCAGCUACCAAGCUGCAACCUCUUUCAUCCUAGAACUUCUGCUGUUUCCUUCAGUGUGACUUUGUAUAUACAGAAGCCUCCAGGCUUCUCUGCUGUGUCCACUACAUCUGACCAAGUCCACAGAGCAGAACAGUCUCCCUCUUGGCAAGCAGAACUCUAGACAGACCAGCUCAGGACACUGGCUAUACAGUUUUGUAUCCAGAGUGGGAGAGAGGACGGCCUUGGUGUCUUUAUAUACAUUCUCUAAACCAGCAUCAAUCCAGAAGCCCCUGACCUGCUGUAACCUUUUACUGGAAAGGGGAAUGGGUGGUAUAAGAAACACUUGAUCAUGUGUUUCAAAAGCCAAAGGAUUCAGUGGACCCGUCCAGGUUAGAUAAUGCACAAGGAGUUAGACAUUGGUUUUCUUGAAAAACAUAGAGCUGCAAAAAAAAAAGUCUUCCCAAAAAUGUAGUUGUUAAUAAUUUUUAAUUCUAUUUUUAUUAACCCAUUGAGUUAAUGGGCAAGAAGCAGGCAAUGAAAAUCGGCACGACAACUCAACAGUGGAGUACACUGUUGACUCUACAGCUUAUCUUUUGAAUGGUUAAGGUAAAUGCGUGGCAAGCGAAAAUGCUGCUGAAGCCCUAGGGUAUCUACCAAAACGAUGGAGGCAUGUGAAACUCCCCAAAGCAAUCCAGCAUUGAACGCAUUCCUAUUGCGGAGCCAAAACAGAGCAGUGAUGGUCAAAAGCUGAACCUUCUAAUCAGGAGAGACUCCAAUGCCAGAACGCCCUUACCUCUCUUGCUUUAAAUGGUAAUCUUAAAAGUUGCAUUGUACUCUUCCUCUGUUUGGAGAUAGAUAUAUAUAUAGAGAGAAAUGCUAUAAGGAAGUUUAUUUCUUAGGAGGUGCACUGAACAAUAUUUCUUUUACAGUGUAAUAUGGGGGUGGGGAUAUGCAAAAGAAAUGUGUAUUUUUGCUAGUUGCCUAUCUUCUGAGACAAUAAGCACAAUCCUGAAAUGGAUCCAAUAAUUCAGUUAGAUGUUAUAGAUUAGUAUUUAAGUUUGCAGUAGGUUUUGUAUGUGUGUGUAUGUGUAUAUAUGUGUGAGUGUGUGCUAAAAGUAAAACUUCUAUGAUUCACAAUUUGGGUAUUGACCCAUGUCAGAAAAGCUGUUACUGGUCAACAGAUUCUAAUGAUGUGCAAGGUGUAACACAAGCAUUAAUUAACUAGUUAUUAACAUUUGUAAAGCCAAAUGUACCAUGCAGAAGUCUUCAUUUUUAUAUCAGACUACUACAUUAAAACCAAUUAAAUCGUA